UAUUCGUCAGUAGAUGGAGAUAACCGAAUUGAAUUUUUCAAGACUUGAAUUCAAGUUGCAACAGUUAACAGUUUUUACAAAUAGAAAAUUUAUGGUUUAAAAUUCGUUGUUCAAAUGAUAAUCUGUUUGGUUAUCAGAUUUUUAUCAUCUUUUGAUAAUUUGCCCAGUUACGCUUGGAACCUUUCGACAUCAAAAUUUGGUCACUCUGUGUGGUUGUUAUAAAAAAUCUACAGCUGAGUUGAUUUUCUUUCAACUGACUUAUUGACUCGAGAGGUUUCCUUUGGUAUACAUUGUGGAUUUGUUUUGAAUUAUUUCACCAAGAUUGUUUAUUGUUGAUGUUUCUAUUAUUUUCUUUGAAAGUUGGCAAUUGAUUCUAGAAAUCAACUUAAUUCAAGAUGACCGAGGAAAUAACGGAAAAAGUAACCAGAGAAUAUCCUGCCGAAUAUGAUGAAUACAUGAAGGUUUUGGAGGAUAAAAAAGAUAAAGAUAACCCAGUGAAUAAUGUUUCUGAAGCAAGUAAAAGUUGUCCGACUAACAAUGUUGAGAAAAAUAAGAUGAGUGAAAUGCUCAAGAAGGCUAUCAAAUCAGCAACUCAAUACAAUUUAGAAUUAAAUCAAGCACGGAAAGAGGAAAGGAGAGUUUCUCUGGAUCUGCAAACUGAUACUGUUCAUUAUCCCAUUGGAUUGGGCAAAGAUAAUAAGAUGUUAAAGAAAAAUGUAGCUGCUGGUAAAUGUCUAAAAGUUGGUAAAUAUCCAGUUGCUACCAUCCACGGACAACACCAAGAUUGGUAUAUCAAAUAUUCAGCGGAAGAAUUGAAAUACUUUCCAAUUAAUACUGUUCUGUAUGGACCGAUUGCAUCUGAUGCUAAAAAAUUAAUCAAACCUAAAGAUGGUCAAGAAGGAGAAAAAUCGUCUGGAAGUGACUCUGAUAGUGACUCUGAUAGUGAUAGUAGUUCUAGCUGUUCGCAAGAAGACAAUAAUCUAGAAAGAUCUAACCGGGAAAAUGGUCACAAUGGUAAUGAUCCAAAUAAUGAAGAUGGUAAUAGCUGUGAUAGCUGUUCGUCAUCACAAUCAUCUUCUAGUGAGGAAGAUGUGAAAACAAAAACACCUUCAACAUCAAAUGAUAACUCCAACUCAAUUAGAGGUAGUUUCCAAACUGUUUGUAAAAUUUGUAAAGGUAGUGUUCAAGGUAACAGAUCAAAUGUUCCCGAGGAAUUUGUUCAUUGUUCUGAUUGUGCAAAUAGUGUUCAUCCAUCAUGCCUUCAAUUGACAACUGAUAUGGUUGACGUAAUCAAGUCAUAUGCCUGGCAAUGUACUGAUUGUAAGACUUGUGUUCAUUGUAAUAAGCCCCAUAAUGAAGACAAAUUGAUGUUUUGCGAUAUGUGUGAUCGAGGUUAUCAUACAUUUUGUGUUGGAUUACGUGUUAUACCAACCGGUAAAUGGGUUUGUAAAUUGUGUGCCCAAUGUGCUCAAUGUGGUGCUAUUAAACCCGGAGAUGGACCUAAAACUAAUUGGCAUCAUGAAACUAUUAAGAUAAAAAGUCCAGAUGGAGAAACUUUGAGAAGGCAUCAACUUUUAUGCUCGAAUUGUUACAAACAACGUAAAAUGCGAUAAAUUUCGCCUGUAUCAUUCACGUUAAUCACAAAAAUCAUCAAAAAACAUCCGAAUGUAAUAUUUCGAUUCAACUCUGGCUUUCCAUGUAUAGUUUCAUUAUCAUUACACCUAUCAAUUUACUUAUACAUGAUCUGGCAGUUGUCUAAGGAAAUUUUCUCAACGAAAGUCGUUUGUAAUUAGCGUAGUAAAAAUUCUGAACAGAUUCCGAAUUAGGAGUAUAUUUUAAGAGUUCACUUCUGCAUAAAUUAGUUUUGAGAAAUAUCAGACAUGAUUAAAUAACAAAAGAAUCUUAAAUUUACGCAACAACAUGAAUUUUAAUCUUUUUUUACAGUCGACAUCAAGUCAUUACACAUAUUAAGUGUGAUAUACAUUAACAAUCAAUAAAAAUUGAUGGAAAAA